UAUCUAUUUGAAAUGGAACGCUUAAUAAUAGUUGUUGCAAGUUUUUGCUUUAACACUUUGUUGACUGGUGUGGUUGUCAGCGCCAAUGAAGAUUUAUAAACUACACAUGAAAAUGUUUCUGUUGGAAGGUCUAUGAAUAACAGCAUGUGUGACAUAUUUGCUCUUGCACAAGAUAAGCAAGAAUUUAAUAUCAUAUCAGAUAAGCUUUAUAUUGACCCGCCGUGCUCACUUUAUCUCAUUGGUGUGAAUAAUAUAAACAACACUUACCGUUUUUCCGGCAUGUGCUUUAAAGUGUAUGAUAUAGAUAUACCAUGCGGCAGAAAUGAUACAAUAGUCAUGAGAGGUUGGGCUGUAGAUAUCCUAAAUAAAACCAAGGCACUAUCAUUGUAUACAACUCAGAGUAUGCUGAUUACAGAAAAAACACUAAGAUGUGACAAUAAACAAGACUUCUCAAUGAACUAUGAAUUCUGUUGGGAGAAAAUGUCUAUGCUAGAGAUAUUAUUUUACAGUCCAUACAAGCAAUCGUCAGGGUUAACAACACUUACUGUACGUACAAAUGUGUUAAUUGGGAAUCUGAAGACUUCAGCAUUAAGUCCUCAUGCUAUGGAAAGAAUGACUAUACAGAUGAGUAAAUGUAGUUGUGACAAUUCGACCUGUAUACCAUGUAUACCAACAUCACACGAUAUGUAUCUGGAAUUCCUUGAUAGAAUCAUUGCGAUCGGCAGUAUUCAAAAUAUUAAUUAUAAAAAUAUUAAUAAUAAUGACGACGAAAAGAAGAAUAUCGAGGUAGAAAGCAGUUCUGUUGACCUGAAUAUUUUACUACCUUCACUAUUUGGUUCAAUAACAACUCUAGCAGGAGCAUUUGUAGGAGUCAUAACAUGCAGUAAGUUAUACAAGAAUAAUUAA